AUGGCACCGUUUGAAGCUUUGUAUGGUCGAAAAUGUCGAAGCCCGAUAUGUUGGAAUGAUAUAAGUGAAACGAUUGUACUUGGGCCAGAGUUUGUCGAGGACACCGUGAAGCAAGUCAGGUUAAUUCAGGAAAAGAUACGAGCCGCCCAAGAUCGACAGAAAAGCUAUGCCGAUUUGAAGAGGAGCGAUGAGGAGUACGAGGUUGGAGAAAGCGUCUUACUCAAAGUUUCUCCGACAAAAGGGGUAAUGAGGUUUGGAAAGAGAGAUUCUUCUCAUGUGUUGCAACCUGAAUCUAUCGAAUUGGAUGAGACCUUAACCUAUGAGGAAAGACCGAUUAAGAUCCUAGAUAGCAAAGUGCGUAGUACUAGAAACAAGGAUGUAAAGUUAUUGAAAGUUCUUUGGUCCAAUCACAAAACCGAGGAAGCGACUUGGGAGGCUGAGGACGAAAUGCGUAGAAAGUACCCAGAGUUGUUCAUUAAGGUUGACUUGGACUUGGGUAAUUACGAGCGUUUCCUUGAUGUGACACUAACACGAGACAACAACAUUACUACUGGGAAGAUAUAUCAGUCUGUUCUUAUUUCUAUAACUCGAUUUGAUGCAUUUUUGUUUGUCUAA